UUCUCCCUCUCUGUUCAGAGGGACACUGUAACAUGAGCUGGGUUAGCAUCGUACACUACCUGACCCUCGUGGUCUUUAUUGCAGCGCUACUGUUUCAAGCGGGAUACACGGCUGAUUCUAAGAAUAAUCUUCCAGAAAGCAUCUACAUGCGAUUUUAUAAAACGUUCCAGCCGAUUCUGGAUACCCCCGGCAUGAGGCCGAGCAGCACCUGGAGACAGCCAACACACAUCAACCUCUCAAUAAACAUCAAGGAAAUCAUUGGAGUGGAUGAGAAGACACACAUCCUCAUUACUUUUGUUGCAUUGAGACAGCUGUGGUUUAAUGAGUUUCUGGUGUGGGAUCCCAGUGAGUUUGAUGGAAUGGAUCACCUCAACGUGCCUGUGGAAUUCAUUUGGACUCCAGAUUUCUAUAUUUAUGAAUUCGUCGGGGAAGACCUGUCACCAUUUAUCCCCUAUCUGUACCUGCACCAUGAUGGGCAAGUGAUACACGACCAGCCCAUAAGAGCCGUCACCUCCUGCAACCUGGACAUCUUUUACUUCCCCUUCGACACCCACAGCUGCAUCCUUACAUUUGGACCCUACCUCCAUACAGUGCGUGAUAUCAGGCUUGGCCUCCAUUUGCCCUCUGAACAGUUAUUAAAAGAAUCUCUCCAAAGCCUUGGAAACCGAGGGGAAUGGGAGCUGCUAAAUAUCACAGGAAGCCCAUUGCCAUUUUACUACCAAAACGAGGAGUGGCCAAUGUGUGUCUUCACUGUAAAGAUCAGGCGGAGGCCUAUCAUGUAUUUGGUAAAGCUGGUCAUUCCCAGUGCUUUUCUGGUGCUGCUUGACAUUUUGAGUUUCUUCCUCCCAGUCCACUCUGUAGACAGGUGUGCCUUCAAAGUGACUCUGCUGCUGGGAUACAGCAUGUUCCUACUAAUGAUGAACAACAUUCUCCCAAACAAUUCAGGAGGGACCCCCCUGAUAGGUGGCUAUUUCUUAGUCUGCAUGGCCCUCCUUGUUGCCAGCCUGCUGGAGAGCAUCUUUAUUUCCAACGUUCUUCACCGGAAGUCCUUGCAGGGCAGGGAGGUUCCUAGCUGGGUCAGGACACUGGUUCUGCACAAGUUGGCCCAGAUGAUAUGCUACAAGAAGAAGGAGUCUAGCAAACACCAGGCUGAGGAGAGCAUUUACACCAUUCAUAGCAAUAAAAAUGCAGAAAACCCAGUUUGGAAGAUCAGUAGCCAGAAACCUGCCUGCACGGAAAUAAGGAUUUUGACAUUUCUAAAGAAGACUUGUGAGGACGUCCAGGUGAUGAGGGACACUCUGAAAAAUCUUCAGGCCAGGAAGAAAAGCAGCAAGGAAUGGGUGGAAGUGUCCUGUGUCCUGGACAUCCUGCUCCUCCGUUUGUACAUCCUGUUUAUCGCCUUGACCAGCCUCUGUCUGUGUAUCCUCUGGAGUCACUGGUACAGGGUAUGAGGAUAACACAGCCAGUUUCUGUAGGGUUGUAGUUAGCUCCAGUUCAUGUUUUACGCACUAAUCCUGGUGCAGCCUAUGCAAGUUCUGGGUUUUAGGGAAUGCACUCGGAGAACCAAAUGUGAAAGUGGGGGCCAACUUUGUAUGAUCUGUUUAUUGUUGUAAAAACAACAACCCAAAAAACACUGUAGUCUCCUGUUAAACACCAUCAGGGGAAGGGGUGCAAAUAAAGAUAACUGUAUAUUUAAUAAAGCAGAUUUGUGGUAGGCUAUUCUGCAUAGCCUCUGUUUGAGUUUAUCUUAAAAGGCAGGUAUUUUUUUUCUGUCCACCAUCACAUUCUACUUGAAGUAACAGUUAUUAUGAGUAAAACAGUUUCCAUGUACAAGCUUGAACAUGUCGACUGGCUAAAUGAACAAUCCCUGUGGUCUUCCUGGCCACAAGACACCACCAUAUAACCCACAGGAAUAAUCUCACAGUCACCCGAGUCAAUUUUACAAAACAGCAAUUAUACAUUUUCCACAGAACAUAGAUGUAAGCAAAUUAGCUAUGUUUUCUUACUACUAUAUUGCAGGAAUUACACACUAUUGAUCAUACCCGCACUGCAUUAAAAGGCAAAUGUAUGCGGUAUUAUCUGCAAUCCUUGAACACAAUUGAAUGCUAGUUUUUAUGUACUGUAUGAUGUUAUAAUCAGAUACUAUUGAAUGUUAGUUUGUUAUAAUUAUGCACAAUAACAUUGAAUGUAAGAAAGCAAAAGCAUUAGUCACACGCGCUAUGGUACACUUGAAACAAUCUGGUCACAGCAUGAACCUAGACUGAGGGGAGCCAAGCUCUGUAGGAUUUUGAAAAAUGGAUAGUUUUGAUAAGGAUGCCUUACUUUCUAUAGGUUGCCAGCUACAGGGACUAGGGGCGGAGCUAGGGCUAUGUGAAUGAAAAGUUGUACUAAGCUCUGUGCCUGGAGUUGACCCCGGGAUCUUUUUGAUUACUGUAUUGAAGAUUGUUAUU